UUUCGCCGUUGGGUAGAAAUUCCCCAUUGCUUUCGCCAAAGAAAUUUCACAUUUUUCAUAAGAUGUAGAAGAAAGAGAGGAUCAGGAGCCUCAGGUCCAUCUUCCAAUCGGGCCCUCCUCCUAUCUGAGAUGCGCAAAUGGGUGAUUUUUCAAGUCUGGAUUUGAUCAGCGAUCUGCCUCAAAGCAUUAUAGAGAGCAUUCUCACACGGCUACCAAUAAGAGAUGCGGUAAGAACAAGUGUUUUAUCAAGCAAAUGGAGGUAUAGAUGGGCUACACUCACUCAUCUUGUAUUUGAUGAAGAAUGUGUAACUGUAUGCAAUGACCGAGCUCUUAUUGAGCACAAGUUUAUUAAUUUUAUUACUCGGGCUCUAUUUCUCCACCAAGGACCAAUCCACAAGUUCCAGCUUUGCACUUCAGACUUGCAGAGCUGUCCUGAUAUAGAUCAAUGGAUACUUUUCCUUUCAAGGAAAGAUAUAAAAGAAUUGGUUCUUGAAUUGGGAGAAAGCGAGUGGAUUCGGAUACCUUCAUGUCUUUUUAAUUGUAAAAAACUAACUCGUUUGGAGCUGGUUCGUUGUGAACUGGAUCCGCCUCCUACUUUUAAGGGCUUCUUGUAUUUGAAGACCCUUAAUCUUUACCAAGUUUUUGGCAUCUCGGAUGCAAUUGAAAGUCUUAUUUCUAGUUGCCCUCUUCUUGAGAAUCUAUCGCUGUCAUACUCUGAUAGUUCAACUCUUAAUAUUCGUGCCCCAAAUCUCAAAUACUUGUGCCUUGAAGGUGAAUUCAAAGACAUAUGUCUUGAAAAUACUCCUCUUCUUGUUUCAAUGUCUGCUGCUAUGUAUAUGACUGAGGACAUUGCCGAACACAUGGAGCAAAGUUCAGUUUGCAAUUUUAUCAAGCUUCUUGGUGGUGUACCUCAUCUUGAGAGGCUCAUUGGGCGUAUUUACUUCACAAAGUUCUUGAGUAUAGGUGGUGACCCAGAAAGACUUGCAAUUACAUAUAGCCAUUUGAAGAUUAUCGAAUUAUGUCAGGUAAGCUUUGAAGAUAUGAAAGAGAUGCUUGUUGUUCUUCGCUUGAUUACGAAUGCGCAGAACUUGAAGGAACUUCGAAUCUCGGGUGGUUCUGCAACCUCAAACACGCUUGCUGCUAUAGAAGCCACUGAUUUGGAUUUUUGGGAGAAAGAAUUCCUUUCGCAUUGCUUGUUUGAGAGACUUAAAGUUGUGAAGAUGACAGAGAUGUCUGGUGUACGACAUGAGAUGGAAUUCAUCAAGUUUUUGCUUGAAAAUUCUCCAGUGCUCGAGAUAAUGAGUAUCAUGCCUUGUCCAUUUGUUACGGAUGGAAGAUUGAAUAUGUUGAUUGAGUUGGUGAGGUUUCGAAGGGCUUCUGCUCGAGCAGAAAUUUUAUUCAUGCAAGGAUAAACAUUAAACGCAUCUACUGUAAAGUUCCUUUCGUUCUCAAUUCUUUUGGUAGUUUGUUCCCGUUACAUUUAUGUGUAACUAUUUAUUGUGAAAUAACAAACAAAUUUAGUA